AUCCAGGUAAAUUGGUCGCAGACUCAAAGGUGAUGCAUUUAUGUGUCUUCUCACCCCCUUCUCUCUUUGCCUCUCUCCCCUUUCCAAUUUGUGUCUCCCACAUCAAAUAGCGCAGCCGGUGGGAAGCUGCAGCUCUCCACACUGACAAGACAUCAACUUGUGUUUUUGCUGCUAAAACGAAAACGCUCAACUUCCUCUACUGAGUCGCGUAAAAGAAGGCAUGAAGACAUCAUCCUAGUCAUCAGUCAUGGCCGAUAAAAGGAAACUUCAAGGGGAAAUAGAUCGAUGUCUGAAAAAAGUAGCGGAAGGAGUCGAACAGUUUGAAGACAUUUGGCAAAAGAAUCAGAAAAGGAUUUAUUGCCAACUUCACAAUGCAGCCAACGCAAACCAGAAAGAGAAAUAUGAAGCGGACCUCAAGAAAGAGAUUAAAAAGCUCCAGCGUCUUCGAGACCAGAUCAAGACGUGGGUGGCAUCCAACGAGAUCAAAGACAAAAGGCAGCUAGUAGAGAACCGCAAACUCAUAGAAACGCAAAUGGAGCGGUUCAAAAUAGUGGAGAGAGAAACCAAGACAAAGGCGUACUCUAAAGAAGGUUUGGGUCUGGCCCAAAAGGUGGACCCGGCCCAGAAAGAGAAGGAGGAGGUCGGCACGUGGCUAACGAACACGAUCGACACGUUGAACAUGCAGGUGGACCAGUUUGAGAGCGAGGUGGAGUCUCUUUCAGUGCAGACGAGGAAAAAGAAAGGAGACAAAGAGGACCGGAUUGAGGAGCUGAAGACAUUCAUCGAAAAGCAUCGGCACCACAUCCGGAUGCUGGAGACCAUCCUGAGGAUGCUGGACAACGACUCCAUACAGGUGGACGCCAUCAGGAAGAUCAAGGACGAUGUGGAGUAUUAUCUAGACUCGUCGCAGGAUCCAGACUUUGAGGAGAAUGAGUUUCUGUACGACGACCUGGACCUGGAAGAAAUCCCUCAGGCGCUGAUCGCCACCUCCCCGCCGGGAAACUCCAACUUGGAGGACGAGAUCUUCCAGAACUCCAGCAGCACGCCCACCUCCACCACCUCAUCUUCACCCAUCCCCCCUUCACCUGCCACUUGCACUACGGAGAACUCAGAAGAUGACAAGAAGAGAGGACGUUCAACCGACAGUGAAGUCGGUCAGUCACCUGUGAAGAACGGAAACCCCUCUUCCUCGUUAUCCUCUUCCUCAUCCUCCUCUUCUUCCUCCUCCUCGUCCUCCUCCUGCUCUUCUUCAUCCUCCAUCCCGGGCCUGACCUCAUCCUCACUCGUCUCUAUGGCGACCAUCACGGGGGGAGGACUCAGUGGCUCUGGGGGUCUUCACGGCAGCUUGGGGGGUCUCCUCUCCAACACUUCGGCCGGCAGCUACAGCAGCGCCACCCAGCAGCAGCCGCACCCGUCGGCGCAGCAGCAGCAACAGGCCAAAAACUUAGUUGGCCCCGCCUCCUCGGCUCCUAUCUCCAUCCCCAACUCCUCGACCAACAGCCACCUGAUGUCCUCCGCCCCUUCUCCCCCCAAUGCCAUUACACAGGGGCUCUUCACUUCCAGCUCCCAGGCCCAGUCUCUGUCGGGGCCCACGCCGACCUCCAACAGCCUCGGCCUCAGCCUCGGCCUCUCGCUGGGGAAAGGGGGCAUGUCCAGCUGCAUCACCACCAGCCCCAUGUCCGGGAGCCUCGGCCUGUCAGGGAUGCCGGCGUCCCUGAGCAGCAUGGCGAGCCUCCUGUCCGGCUCCACCCCCGCACCUUACGCCCAGGCGGCCGCAUCGGGAGCGAUCGGCUCCGGCCUUCCAGGCUCUCUGGGCGGCAUCGGCAUCAAUCCUACCACAACCCACAGCACAGUGGGCUCCAUCGGCAGUGGAAGCAUCACGGUCGGUGGGCCGACGUCCUCAACGGGAGGUCUGCUGGGCCCGGCGCCGGGGUUGACCAACGUCGGCUCUGGCAUGCUGGGUUUGGGUUCUGGCCAGUCGGGGAUGCAGGGGUCUUCCCUGGUGUCACUGAGCCCAGUCGGAGGCUUAGCGCCGGGUAGCGGAGUGGGAGUCAUCGGGAGCAACGGAGGCAGCUCUGGAUCAGCAGGGAGCGGAGUGGUGGGAGUAAACCUGUCGCUCUCCGUCAGGCCGCCGAGCCAACAGAAGCAGAACGGUAGCACCAGUUACAGCGCUGUGGUAGCAGACAGCACAACAGACUCCGCCCUCACCAGUGCCAGCCAAUCACAAAGCAGCCAAUCCUCGUCUUUGACCUCCCCAGCCAACCAGCCUAAGGACACUGGUUCCAGUUUACUGGGCUCUAUUUGUCUGUCGUCCAGCUCCCCGUCGCCGGCCUUCUACAGCGAGGCCAAAGCGGUGAGCGGCGGCAGCCUGCUGAACGGGCCGCUGUCCUACUCGCAGUCCUCCGACAGCAUGAAGCCCCAGGAGCCUCUGAGCAGCCUGAAGUCCAUGGCCGAGCGAGCAGCACUCAGCUCAGGGAUGGAGGGUGACGUGUCCUCCCUGCACCUCACCCCAGUCUCCGUCUCCUGUCUCCCUUCAGACAUCUUCCCCAGCAGCACUACUGUCCCCUCUGGCCCGCCGUCGGCGCCUCAGCUCUCGCUGUCAGAGGUCAGCAUCCCCCCGUCACUGGGCGUCUGCCCGCUGGGGCCGGUUCCCCUGUCCAAAGACCAGCUCUACCAACAGGCCAUGGAAGAGGCGGCGUGGACGCACAUGCCCCACCCGUCCGACUCCGAGAGGAUCAGGCAGUACCUGAUGAGGAACCCGUGCCCCACCCUGCCUUUCCACCACCAGGUGCCACCGCCCCACUCCGACACUGUAGAGUUUUACCAGAGGCUUUCCACCGAAACCCUCUUCUUCAUCUUUUACUACCUGGAGGGCACGAAGGCCCAGUAUCUGGCAGCCAAAGCCCUGAAGAAGCAGUCAUGGAGGUUCCACACAAAGUACAUGAUGUGGUUUCAGAGGCACGAAGAACCCAAGACCAUCACGGAUGAGUUUGAGCAGGGAACAUACAUUUACUUUGACUAUGAGAAAUGGGGCCAGCGGAAGAAGGAAGGCUUCACGUUUGAGUACCGCUACCUAGAAGACCGAGACCUCCAGUGACCCGCGUGGAGGAAGACAGACGGACGGACAGACGAACAGACAGACAGCUAAGGACGUGAGGGAGGGACAGACGGAUGAACACAUGAAGAAAGGUGCUCCACCUGCUGACAUUCCUUUGAUUGACCUCAGCUCGUUAGGGAUGGGGGGGGGAGUGGGGCUCAGCAUCCUCACCCUGGCAGUGGUUACUCCUCCCAGUCUCUUCUUCCUCUUCCUUCUCCACCCAUCAGGUCUUUUAUUUCCAUCUUUUCCUGAACUGGAACUCGCUUUGUUUUGUUUUGGCCCAUAAAAGAAGAAAAAAAAUUAUAAUAACAUGUCACCUAAUAUUCAGGCUAUCGUGUGCUUCUCUCUCCCCCACCUCCCCCCCACCCCUCGUGUUGUCUUCUUGUGUUGGCUUUAAAAACGUUUGCAUAUAUUAGCCCCUUUAAGAACCAAAGAGAAUUGGUUAAUGACACGGUGCAGGCUCCGUCCCCUCUCUAGAACGGAGGCAGCGAGUGUUCACACGCUCUGACCCUGUGUCGCGUCUGGAGCAGCGAUCCAGCAGCAGGGCAGCUUUCAAGAGCAAAAUCGGACUCAAGUGUUGUAAAUCCAGCGAGGCGGCGAUGGAACUUAACGACCCCGUAACCUGUAAGAAAUGUUGAAUUCUGGGCUCCACUUUGUUUUUUGUUAUUUUACUUUAUAUAUUUCUAUAAAACGCCUUUGAUAUACAUUCAGCUGCCAGUUUAUAAAGUACAGCUGAUAAACUAGCAGUCGAGUGCACGUUAUUAAAAGGUUGACACGACUUUGAAUACCCGGACACACUUCAUUGUUCAAGCGUUAUAUAACUUAUAACUUUUUUUUUCCUAAGGUGGUGAAGACGAUAGAAAACGUGUUGCUCGUGUGAGCUUUCUUUUGCGUUCACAUUUGGUCACUAUUAAAAGUCUGUUGUAUUUAAUUGAAAGAAGAUCCCCAGCCCGCAGUAAGAGAUCCCAACCCCUUUUUUUUUUUUUUGCCCUCCCAUUAAAUAGCUUGUUACAUCCUGUUAAAAAUAGCUUGUUGCUAGGAACUUUACAUCACAUUGAAGGUACCAACACCACCAACACGUAACUGGGAAAUGUAAAAAACUGCUCGAGCCAAUGAACGCCUGAACGCCCCUAAACUUCCACACCCAAACACUUGUCCCCCGGUAUUUAUUUUGCAGCGGUUGCCGUGUUACACACACAUUCCCUGUCCUCGGGGGGUACCUGAACUUGGGUUUACCGUCGCCUCCCGAGAUUUAGUGCAGAAACGUAGGCCCCAGGAACCGGCUCGCCAAACCGGUGGAAACAGAAGCAGCGCCUGUGACAGCGGCUACAAUUUCAAUAACGGGUCGUUAACUUCUUACAGGUGGUGGGGUUUCUCUCUCUCUCUCUCUCUCUCUCUCUCUCUCUCUCUCUCUCUCUCUUCAUCUCUCUCUCUCUCGUAAAUUUCACCUCUACACAACUCAUCCACAAAGGGAAUGAGAGUUUUUUUGCGAGACUCGGGGUAAAAAAAAAAAAAUCCUUUCGCUCUGACGUCACCGUUUGGCCGGUAAACGUGUAUUUCUGGUCGCUAAGUAACGUUCCACUGCCCUCCUGGUGCUGCUGCAACAACAGCUCGUUGAGCUUUAUCGCCUCGACACCGAUGAGCCUUACCACCUGACCCCCGGAGCAGUAAAGCUGCCUCUGGUGUGCAGUGGCUCCGUCUGGACUUCACCUGACUGCCGUAGACGUCAACACAACACAAUAAAAACCCACCAAGCACGCCAGAUGUGGGGAAAUGUUGGCCGGAGGUGGCAGAGGUCCUCGUGGUGGGACUCUGCGGAGGGGUAAAGGGGGGGGGGGGGGGCGAUUGGGUGAAUCUCCCAGCCGCUGUGGCCCUGCCUCGUCCCAUCGAGCACAAGUGGAGGAGUGGGAGAACACAGCCGGAGCGUGUUGGUAGUAGCUUGUCUUUUUUUUUUUUUUUUUUUUUUUUUUUUUUUUGUACCUGGUGGGCUGUUAUGUCACAGCACUUUGCGAGGAAAGGGAUCACACAUGGAAAAUUAGAAUAUAUGUCAGAAUAGUAUUUUCAAAUUCUGCGUUUGGCCUUCCAGCGUUCACAAGUCUCUGUGGUUCACAAGGCGUUAUUUCUUUAAAUUAAAGGGUCAGUUCACCCAAGUAAUAUUGAAAAAUUGAGAAAACAAAUAACAUUUUGCUCUUGUGGUAUCCAGUCGUACGUAUAGAUUUGGUUUUAUUUGCCCAUGUUUUGAGGUAUUCAAGAGACUUUUGCGUCCACUACAACACAAUGGAGGACAUUUUCUGGGGGAAAUGCGAGGUAGAUGAGAAGAUCGACGAGUCACAUGUCUGCACGUUCAAUAUUAAGCUCCGUUCAGCUUGGCAUGGGGACUGGAAACAGGGGAAACUGCUUUAAAUCUACACAUCUUCUAUAUUGUUUGUGUAAUCCAUUGUAAAAAAACAGCAGCUUGUAGUUUUACGGGGGAGUGGUGGUUAAGUUGAGCUAAGCUAACCAGCCCCCGGCUGGUCUUUCAUCUUUACCGUUAGACAUGAGCGAGCAGUGUCCACCUUCUCAUCUAACUCUCGGCAAGAAUGCAAAAUAAAGGCAUUUCCCCGAAUGUUGAACUGUUCCUUUUCAGGUUUGUUAAUGAAAGAUGACAUCUCGAGAAAUGCCUUCGCUAACCAUGUGUGUAUCUCAAGCCUGGACAAGUAAAAGCACAUCUAUCUGCAUGACUGGAUAUGACUAUGAGUGAGAAGAUGUUACUGUCAGUGGGUUUUUUGGUGGACCGAUGGUUUAACACAAAAAAGGCUCCAGCCGUGAUCACUGCGAGCGUCGUGGGUGUUGGAUGCUACCAGCAGCUGGAUGGUGGUUUGUUAGUCUCCCACCAGCCUCCCUCCCUCCUUCCUUCCCUCCCUCCCUCCCUCCUCCUCCUCUUCUCUCGGUGCCCAACAGCACAAACUGAGCAACACCAGCACUGCUGCCCACAUCUCCUCUGUCCUCCAGCUCUCUGCUGCAUGUUUACACACCGAGGGCUUGGACUGGUCACACAGUGAAAACACACUCAGACACACACACACACACACACACACACACACACACACAUACUGCCUGCGUCUCACUACCGGCAAGUCAUGACUUUAGCUUUUCCAACAUCCUGCUGCCAACGCACAGCUUUUUUCUUUAUUAUAUUUUUUUAAAUCACCCAAACAAUGGGAUAUUGAUUCAGUUUUCGGCGUUAUCUGUUCCGUUCCUCGCUCUCUUUCUCUGUCCGUCAGCUCAUCAUCACCCCCCUCCACCCCACAUGUUUUGCUCUCUCUCGCUCUCUCCAAGCCAGGUAGAUAUUUCCUUUAUUUCUCAGGAAGUAUUUGAUAGAUAAUUUUAUGAGGAAAUGUAUCCACCAGCCACAGCACAACCGUAACUAAAUAAUCCCCCACCCCACCCCCACCCACCCACCCGACACAUUCUCGCCAAAACUUUAAUCUGUAUCAAUCAUUUGAGAAUGUCACUUCUUGACCUGCCAGUGGCCCCUUUUUCUUUUCACCAAAAGGCUUUUUUUUUUCUUUUUGUUUUUUUGGGAAAAUGCUAAAUAUUAUCCUCCAAUGUUUGGAGCAACACCUGGAAGAGAGACCAUCUUUAUGUUUUUGUGUUUGGUGGAUUUAUUCUAGUUUCUAAUUUGUUCCGAGAUUGGGGAAAGCAUUUAGAAAUCCCAGAGGAGAACGAGGACCCCUGUUCAAAAUUUAUUUUUGUCUGUUUUUAAGAUCCGUAACUUUUCGAGAGAAGUGUGGUGUGUUAUUUUUUUUUAUUUUUUAUAGCCAAACAGAAAGACAGACAGACCGACAACUCUACACUUAUUCACUUGACUGACAGUCCUACUUUUAACCUUUUUUUUUUUUUUUUUUGACAAGCGGAAGGGAUGAGAGGUCAUUACGAGAGCCGAAAUGUGAAUCUCUCUCUGCCCCUUGACGAAAGUGUUGUAUAGACUCUCAUUCUUCAAACCUCCUUUGUGUUUUGUUUUGUUUUUGUUGUUGUUGUUGUCGUCAGACAGCAUGGAAUAAUGACACUUGCAAAGUGGCGCUGAAAAAGUAAAUAAUGACAUAACCAUGAAUAAAGGAUUGUAAAAUAUUAAUAAAAAAAAGUACUUUUCAGAAAA